AUGUGCUCAUUGGACGUGACUUCACUGUUCACUAACGUCCCCUUAACUGGAACGACCUCGAGAAAUUUCGUGUCGUUCAACACUCAAAAACCCGCAUCACAUUUACUAUUUUAUUGUUACAUACGCAAAGACUGUAUAUCUUUGCAAUGUACUACUCAUAAGGUUGCCGAAAAUCCAUCGACAGCCCACGACCGGUUUCGCCCUUCUUUGGGCGCAUCAGGUAGGCACAGUCCCCGGGUUUCCGUCAGCCUCAUGUUCUACUUGAGACAGAUUCAGCUGGGUUCC